AAUAGCUAAGGUAUUGAAGUGGUAAAUAGAUGGCGGUUUGAGCAACACCUCAACUUUGAAGACUAUGAUGGCAUGGAGGAUGGUGGAAUGGCGACAUAUGAGAAAUGCAUUGCGCGAGUGAGAUGCGUCUUCCCCGCUCCUUCGCACGGCUGGUCACCUACCAUCACCACCAUUCCACCAUCACGCCAAAUAGCACAAACAUGAGGUCAUCGCCAACUUGUCCACAGCGACCUCAUAAAUGUAAAGAGGUUCUCCUCGGAUGCGGGUGAAAAGCGCAAAAACGUCAAUUCCCUCGACACCCCCGAAGUUUCCAAACAAAAGCCUUCCUUUCUAAACAGAUCAAACCCCAACUUCUCCGGAUCAAGCCUCCAAUCAUCGCAACAUGGCCACGGCAGCGGUUCAGGUUUCAGUCCCAGCUCCGGUUGGACAACCAGAUAUCGGGUACGCUCCUGACCACGACAAGUACCUCGCAAGAGUCAAAAGACGACGAGAAAACGAGAAGCUGGAGUCGUCUCUUCCGCCAGGUUUCCCUCGAAGACUAGACUCGGACCUUGUGUGGGACGGCAACACCCUCGCCGAGACGUACGACUGGACCUACAGACUGACAGAAGAGGCCAUUGAUGAAAUCGAGGCCGCGCUUCGUCAUUUUAAGAGCCUCAACAAGCCCCUAGGCUACAUCAACCAAGAAACCUUCCCCCUUCCCCGCCUACACCACACUCUCCGCUCCCUCUCCCACGAGCUCCACCACGGCCACGGCUUCAAAGUCCUCCGCGGGCUCCCCGUCACCUCCCAUACACGCGAGGAAAACAUCAUCAUCUACGCCGGCGUCUCCUCGCAUGUCGCUCCUAUCCGCGGCCGCCAGGACAACCAGCACAACGGCCACCCAGCCGACGUAGUCCUAGCACACAUCAAAGACCUGUCCACGACUGUUUCUGACGUGAGCAAAAUCGGUGCACCCGCCUACACCACCGAGAAACAAGUCUUCCACACCGACGCAGGCGACAUCGUCGCCCUCUUUUGCUUGGGAGAGGCCGCCGAGGGCGGACAGAGUUACCUGUCCAGCAGCUGGAAGGUGUACAACGAGCUGGCAGCCACUCGGCCCGAUCUGGUUCGCACGCUGGCGGAGCCGUGGGUGGCGGACGAGUUUGGCAAGGAAGGGAGGAAGUUUUCUGUGCGACCGCUUUUGCAUUUUCAGUCUACUGCUGCUGCUGCUUCUAGGGAAGCAAAGCCCGAGUCUGAACGGCUCAUCAUCCAGUACGCCCGCCGCACGUUUACGGGGUAUUGGGGAUUACCGAGGUCGGCGGAUAUCCCGCCCAUUACGGAGGCGCAGGCGGAGGCGUUGGAUGCGCUGCACUUUACGGCGGAGAAGUACGCGGUGGCGCUGGAUUUCAGGCAGGGGGAUGUCCAGUUUGUGAAUAACUUGAGUGUGUUCCAUUCGAGGGCGGGGUUUAGAGAUGAGGGGGAGAAGCAGAGGCAUUUGGUUAGGUUGUGGUUGAGAGAUCCGGAGAAUGCGUGGGAGACGCCCGAGGCGUUGAAGGAACGGUGGGAACGCGUGUAUGGCGGGGUGAGUCCGGAGAGGGAGGUGUUUCCGCUUGAGCCGCAGAUUAGGAGCGCGAGUAAGGGGGAGAGCGUGGGGACGCAGGGUGGGGGAGGGUAUUGAUGUGGGAGGUUGUGAGGCGUCGAUUCUGAGUGUAGCUUUAUUAGACGACUUGAAUAUCUGGGUAGUUUGUUGUGUGCAAUGUAAGCAGAUCUUGAA